UACUGUACUUUUAUUGAGUGUUUUGUUUUUUACCCCCAGACUUUCACUAUAAUCCAAAAAAGUGAAUAAAUAUGUUAUAUAUAUAUAGAAACAAACCCAAGAAUACUCAUAAAUCACACUAUCAUGAAAAUGUGCAAUGUCCACCUAUAAUACAAUACAAUAUAUUACGGUAGCGCACUAAAUAUACAUCAUAAAGUAUAUAUAACUAUCACGCCACAUUAUGAAUUUUGUUUAAUAUUACACAUUUUGCCUGACCACAAAAAUAUCAUAGUGAAUAUCAGUUUUAAAUAUUGAACAAAGUCUCUUGAUCAGUCAAAAUUCUAUCAUAGUUAUUUAGAGUUACAAAAAUAAUAGUAAAUACUCCACAAAUCGCUUGUGUCAAGAUAUAGUAUGUGCCCCAAUCAAAUCAAACAUAAUAAAAUUUAAAUAUAUAUAAUAUGGAAGAUGGAUUGAAACUAAUUUCACCCAGGUAGACAUAUGUUCUAUUUCAUAUUUUAUGUAAAUUUGAUAGACAUGUGUAGUUUUUAAUGUUUAAUGUAAAUUUGAUCAGAGAAAAUUUAUUACAAAUCAAAAACUCCAGCAAUGGGAUAACUAGAGAAAAAAAACUUUUAAAAACUAUAAAUAAGCUGUAAAAAAAGCAAAAAUAUCAAACUGAACACAGUAUUAAUAGUUGCGAAGUAUUUACCUAAAUGUGGCAAGUUAUUUAGCAAUCUGAUUCAUCCAGAUAAGUUUUGUGCACCAAUACCUGGUGGAAGGUGUGACAUCACUAAAAUACAAUAUUCUUAUUUUUUAAAUAAAGUAUGGUAUCGGGACCUGUGAUCUUUCAAGCACACACAAAAAAAACCCCCAAAAAAACAGACACCACUGCUUUCGCUGCCAUGAUCAAAAACACAAACAUUUAUUGAACACGAAUGUUUACGAGAUGUUUGGCAGAUAACACAUCUGCAUUUUAGCGAACAGGCAAGAAAUGCUGAACAAAGACAGACCCAAAUCUGGUUUGUAGAUCAGACACGUGCGCUACCCUUAUCAGAUCUUGUCUAUAUAUAAAUAUCACUGCAAGUCAUCGAAAUAUAGUUUAUUAUGUUUAAUUACCAAAACCUAUUUUAAGAAGAACCGCAGAACGGUAAAUAUGCAGAGAGGGUCAUUGUAGUUAAUUAUGCAGUAAUUAGGGAAAUGUAUAAGUAAUUAAGACAUAAACAAUUUCUUGGGAAUAUCAAAAUAUUUAUUAAUAAGCCAUUUGGGUGACCAUAGGUGAAAAGGACAGUUCAAUUACUAUUUGGGGUAUCACAGUAAUUUAAUAUAAACAGGCUUUGGGGACAUACAUUAUCCAUCAGACUACAACGUUCAAUAAAGCACCAACAAUUUAUUUUUAUUAGCUGGGGGUAUUAAAGGUGUAAUUAAAUAUCUAAAUAUUUCUUAUCCAUUGACCUAUCCCAUUAAUGGUGGUGAGGCCAAAACUAAGACGCCAUACCGCGCUCUUGGCACCAGGUGACGCUGUGGUCUCAUUGUCUCAUUUUCCGUCUUGGGGCCUUCAGUUUGUUCUGCCAACAUAUCAGAUACGUUUCACAGGCUUCCAUCAAUAACCUCCUGGGGUCAUCAAGCCAAAUUUAUGACUGGCCAACAGAGUCACGUGAUUCUAUUUAAACAUCCCAUAUUUGGGCAGAGCACAUAGAAUAAAGAAAGAGGAAUCCCCAGCUAUAAAUUCUGCACUUUAGAGAACAAAACCCCUGAACUUCAAAGGGCCACAAAUCAAGCAUAAUCAAAGGGUACAAAAUAAUAACAAUAAUCAGCAAUGAGUUCGUACGUAGCCAAUUCAUUCUAUAAGCAAAGUCAAAAUGUUCCUGCCUAUUCCAUGCAAAAUUAUGGGAAUUAUGGAUCUGUAUCCGAGGUUCCGUCAUCCAGGUAUUGCUACAGUGGGUUGGAUUUGAGCAUUACUUUCCCUUCUCCUGGUUCCUCUAACUCUCUGAACGGUCUGGACAUGCCUUCAAACCCCACUCCCAACUCUGCUGAGCGGCCUUCCUGUACAGUAAUGGGCUCUUCAGGACAUAGCCUGGGCAGAGGGGAGCAGAGUGCCCUGAGCCCUGGGAUUUACAGUCAGAAACCUGGGAGCACAUCGCUGGAGGACAGAUCUAAGGGGAUUGAGAACAUCAAAGCUGAGCCGGUGCAAACAACUCCGCAAGGAGUUCAGCAACAGCAACCACCACAACAACAACAGCAGCAGCAGCAUCAACAACCACCACAAAUAUAUCCCUGGAUGACCAAACUACACAUGAGCCAUGAAACCGACGGCAAACGGUCCCGGACAAGCUACACUCGGUACCAAACCUUGGAGUUGGAAAAAGAGUUUCAUUUUAACAGAUACCUGACUCGCAGGAGGCGCAUUGAGAUAGCAAAUAACCUCUGUUUAAACGAAAGGCAAAUCAAGAUCUGGUUCCAGAACCGAAGGAUGAAAUGGAAGAAAGAUUCUAAAAUUAAAAGCAAGGACUCAAUCUAACAAGGCAAAUGUCUAAAGCAAUAGAUAAAACUUAGUUUUAUGAAAGCUACUUACUAAACUUAAACUUACAUUUUUUCCCUUAAAGGGGGAGGAUCAGGGGGGUACAAACAUGACUUCAUAAGUUCUAAGUCAUUUCUAAAUAUUCCAAUACCCCAGGUUAAAAAAAUUGCACACCUGAUUCUAGUUUUUAAAAUCAAAAUAGUGUAUAGAUCUGUAUUUUGUCCAUUCAGUGUUGAAUUUUGACCAAUUUUAUUUAAAGGUGACAAACUAAAGGUUAUUCCCUGCUCAGAAUGUUUGUCCAAGCGGCAUUGUGUUAAGACUUGCAAGCUGUCUAGGGUCAUAGAAAGUUCUUUGGCAAAAAAAAUGCUAAUUAAGUCCCUGGGCUGAAAAGAGCAGGAAAGCUUGGCUGUAUUAUAUUGUGCUUAUAAUAAUAGGGAUCGUAACUUAACUGACCAGCUUGAUAUGGAAAAUACAAAAAAAAAAAAAAUGAAAUUUCUAUCUAAAACUUGUUAAUUUGUUAAUAAGGAAAUUAUGGUUCACAGCAAACCUCUCAUAUUGUCUUCUCAUGCACUUGUAUAGUCUUUUAAAUGACACAAAUAUGAAGUGAAUUUGUUUGUUUGUUUUUUGUUAUUUUUUAUGUUACAUAAUAGUAUGUCUUGUUUAUUUUAAAAACAAUUUGCAUAAGGGCAAACAUUGAACCCACUCUUUUAUAACUACGACUUGAUUUCGUUCAUACACUUUGGUAUAAUUUGUUAUAAAGUGUUUGUGUGCAACAUUUUUAAGCAUGUUGUUGGAGGAAAACAAUCCACUGAACUUGUUUUAUUGUGUAACUUAUUAUUUUCGUAAUUAAUGCUGAAGUGUAUAAACCAAUUUGUACAUUGUUUUAAUAUAAUCAUUUUAGCCAGUUUUAUCCGAAAAUGUACGUCAUAUAUUUAUUGGUUGCAAUUUCAUAUGUGAUAAAUCAUGAAACCUAUAUUUUGUCAUAUUGAAUAAACAACAAAUAAUAUAAGAAGUA